UUGUAGCAUCGUUAGCUGCGGCUAACACAAGAGCUAGCAAGUAAACGAAAGACAACAAAACAUUCCUAAACACUCUGGUCGGUGAUAACCCUGCGUGUGCGCACAUGGAUAACCGAUGUUACGGUUGUGCCGCAAAGUUUACGCUCUUCAAGAAAGAGCUUGGCUGUAAGAACUGUAGCCACUGCUUCUGCUCUGGCUGUCUGAACUUCAGUGCUGUGGUGCCUCGCUGUGGAAGCAGCCAGCAGAAAGUGUGCAAACAGUGCUACGACAGUCUCACCAGGGGGAAAUCUCCAAGCACUACUGGAAAAUGGUCCCCGCCUGAGAAUUAUAAAAAACGGGUGGCAGCACUUGAGGCCAAACAUCAGAUGACCCCGUCUGUACUGCAUGGAGGAGGUAAAAGCCCUCACGUAGGACUCAGUAAAGAUCAGACCAUCGCUGAAAGGCUUGAACAGCUGAAAAAGGACACAGUACCAAAGUCUGUCCCAUCUGAGAAGGAGAUUGAAUCUCGCCUCGCUGCUUUGAAAGCUCCAAGCCGCUCAGUGCCUUCAACUCAGGAGAUGGAGGAUCGUCUGUCAGCAUUACAGGGUCAACCUCCACGUUCUCGAGCUCCUCCACUUGUCCACCAGCCUCCAGAUAACAGGACUCAGACGGAGCAAGUUGAUAGUCUCUUAACGCAGAUGACAGAGGAGGUUGCCAUCGACAACCAGCAACCAAACCCUGAAUACAGUGGCUGUAUUAGUGACCUCAACAGGCCAGAGAGAGGAACCAUGGAGGAGAAUUUAGAUAAUCACCAGGAGGAGGCCAUACAUUUGGAGGCUGAGAAGUCUCGUCUCCUGGAGGAGGCCAUGGAGGAGUUGAAGAAGGAGGAACACAAUCAAGAUGAGAUCCUGCACAUGGCAAAGAAGCUGGCCCAGCUGAAAGGCCUCAACCCAGACAAAGUUACUGUGGCAGAGUUCCAGCACCGUAGCAGCGAGGACGAGACUGAGGAAGAAGCUGUGAGCAGAGUCUUAAAACAGCUCUCAGAGGAGGCUGCGUUGGAUGAGGCCAGUGGCUACAACAUCCCCUUCGAGCACAGUGCACGAAAGAAUGUGCAGAAGACAACGAACACAAAGAAGCCUGCGCUAGCUCCAGCACCAAAAAAUAGAGUUUCACAUUCUGCCAGAGAAGAGCUUCCAUCAGACAGUGAUGAAGAUGAACUUCCGUGGUGCUGCAUCUGCAACAGAGACGCCACCAUCCGCUGUCACACCUGUGAAGGAGACCUCUACUGCAACCGCUGCUUCAGGGAAGGCCACGAUAAGUACGACAGGAUGGAGCAUCGCACAGCAACAUACACAGCGCCCAAGAAGAGGAGGAAGUCGUGAUAGUGAGAAGUUACCGAGCUGUAGGUGUUGGUCACAAUCACCGUCAGACGUCACGGGUCAACUUUAGGUGACCGUUAAGAACAUUCUAACACUGAUUUGUGUUCAGACACAAACACAGAUUAAGUUUCUCUGUUUCAAAGAGAUCAGCCGCACCUGGUGGUGAGCGGCGCUUUGGAAUUUAGCACAUUGAUGGUCCGGGGACGUGGCGCAUGUCUGUAUUUACAGUCUGUAGUACAGACACAACACAGGACUCUGCACAUCGUUUCAGCGUCGCCAUUGCAUGUGUGCAAUUCUUACAUCACAGGACUUCACCAUGUGGCAUAAUGAAGUUAAGGGUGCACGUUUAACGAAAUUAAGGGUGCACAUUUAACUAAAUUAAGGAUGCACGUUUAACUAAAUUAAGGGUGCACGUCUAACUAAAUUAAGGGUGCACGUCUAACUAAAUUAAGGGUGCACGUCUAACUAAAUUAAGCGUGCACGUUUAACUCAAUUAAGCGUGCACGUUUAACUCUAAGCAUGCACAUUUACAUUGCCAACUGAUGAGGCUCAAAAUCUGCUUUCAUUUGUUUAUGACUAACCAACGUAAAAUGUUGAAUACUUUGAAUUUACUCAAAUAAAGGAUCGUGGUAGUGCGAGUGUGUGCCGUGCACCGCCUCCUUCACUGCACUGCUUCAGUAACAUUUUCAGCUGAAGUUAAAAAAAAACAGCAGGCAGCUCCCUCACAGCUUGUCUGGUUUUUGGUGGCCAAAAACUAGUUUGUGAAAAUGGAUCCCAGAGUGGAUAAAUCAGAGAACGCUGGAUUCACGUCACCAUGUGGAUAACCAAUACAGAAUAUUUAUGAAAUGAUGAUGUCGUAGCCCUGCCUUUGUAACCUCAUAAUUAGUGACUUGAUGUUGUUGUUAAUAGUGUAACUAUUAACUUUUUUUUGUCUUGGUGAAUCAUUAAUGGGGUUUACUUUCAGUGCAAGCAGAAAGCUGAAGAGGUGACUGAUGGCUGUGAUGAGCACUGAAUAAAUGGAAAAUAAUUGCAAAAGGACUUUCAGCUUUUAUAAUAAGUUAUUUUUGUUCUUGUUGGUGGCCUCCUUCAGCUCAGGCUGAGAAACGCACCCGGAGCACUGUGUUAUAACACAGUGGGACUUCUUUAAAAACGCUGCAUUUAUUCACAAGCAAUUUCCGCCAUAAGGAAUUAAAGUAUUUCCAGAAGACAUCUUCCAAAACAAGGGUGUCUCUUCCACGGGCUGCUGAAAGGACAAAACUGGUCAGAUUAAAAGACUUGAUUUACUCAGUUUGCCGCUUUGAAAUGUUCUAGCCUUCUGCUGCUACAUUAAUGAGCGUCCUACACCGGUUAUGUGCAUGCUCUCCUCAUCGUCUCUGUUUUUUUGUGGAAGCAUUAUAGUGGAUAUGGAAAAGGUGAUCUUAAGAUAUUGAUAUAUGGCAGUAUUAUAUAUUGCUAUGGGCAAAAAAAUAUUCCCAAUAUUGUGCAGCCUUAGUCAACUCUUGAACAAAUGAUGAAAAGUGUGUAUUGCUUCUUGCAGAUCAUAAAAUAAACACGUAUGUAAUGAUACACAGCUCCUCUUUUUCCUCUUCAGACGUGUACCAGUACGUUAGUGUUACAGUAAAAAAAAAAAAAAAUCUAAUGUGACGACACUAAAGUCACAACUUCUUGGUGAAAUGCUCAUAAAUGACCAAACAAAGCCAGUUUAGAGUAGCGGAAUGUUCUGCAGUGGAGUGUUGUAGGACUGUGGGAAGAGGUCUGGAGUGGAGGAGAUAAUGGAGAAAGUGUGCAUUUGGUGAAAGAAGCACCAGAUUGCUGCGAUAUCACUUAACAUAACUGAUUGGUUAAAAAUCACUUUUUGCAAAGAAAUGCUCCUAUUUGAUUGAUGUCAAAUUACAUUUAGUUCUAUUUUGUUUGGUAUUUAUGGUAUUUAUUAUGUUUUCUUUUGCUUAUGUGCCAAAUUAGAUUGACAUUUAUUAUAUUUGGUAUUUAUGGUUUCCAUCCAGCAUGUUUGUAAUGUGUUUAUCUCUUGAAACUACUGCAUGUAGGCCUAUUAAAAGGUGUCUAGUGUUGAA